UUGGGGUUUGCGCUAUAGCACUCAAGCGGUUCGGGUCCUCCUGUCAGUGACUGGAUCCGAGAUGGCGUCGGACUCGGGAGACCGUGGGACCGCCUGCACGCUGGAGUUCGCGGUGCAGAUGACCUGUCAGAGCUGUGUGGACGCGGUGCGCACUUCCCUGCAAGGGGUGGCAGGUGUCCAGAGUGUAGAGGUGGAGUUGGAAAAACAGAUGGUCUUGGUGCAGACCACCCUGCCCAGCCAGGAGGUGCAGGCCCUCUUAGAAGGAACAGGGCGGCAGGCGAUACUCAAGGGCAUGGGCAGUGGCCUAUUGCAGAAUCUAGGAGCAGCAGUGGCCAUUCUAGGGGAAACUGGCCCUGUGCAGGGGGUGGUGCGCUUCCUACAGCUGACCCCUGAGCGCUGCCUCAUAGAGGGAACAAUUGAUGGCCUGGAGCCUGGGCCACAUGGACUCCACGUUCAUCAGUUCGGGGACCUCACAAGCAACUGCAACAGCUGUGGGGACCACUUUAACCCUGAUGGAACAUCUCAUGGGGGCCCCCAGGACUCUGAACGGCACCGGGGAGACCUAGGGAACGUCCACGCUGAUGCUAGUGGCCGAGCCACCUUCAGGAUAGAGGAUGAGCAGCUGAAGGUGAGUGGAAAAGAAAGUGAGGGCCUUUCCUCACAGGGAGGGCCACUGUCUGAGGAUGUUCAUUGUCUCCCCUCAAAGGUGUGGGAUGUGAUUGGCCGGAGCCUCGUCAUCGACGAGGGAGAAGACGACCUGGGCCGGGGCAGCCAUCCUUUAUCCAGGAUCACGGGGAACUCGGGAAAGAGGUUGGCCUGUGGCAUCAUUGCACGCUCUGCUGGCCUCUUCCAGAACCCCAAGCAGAUCUGCUCCUGCGACGGCAUCACCAUGUGGGAGGAGCGAGGCCGGCCCAUCGCUGGCCAGGGACGAAAGGAGCCGGCCCAGCCCCCUGCCCACCUCUGAGCACGCUGUGGCUUCAGCCUCAGCUCUGCACUGUCCUCCCAGCUGGAUGCCAUCCUCCUCCAGGAGGAGGAGGGGAGGCCCUGCGUGUCUGGUCUGAGGAGAAUGAGGGUAUGAGGUGUGCAGGGUUUGCUAUGAUGAUCCCUUGGCAAAUUAAAGUUUUAU